UUGUUUUUUGUGCAGCAAAAGUGAUGGGAGGAUCAAUUUUCAAGAGCAAGGGAGGAUCAUUACCUUGCAAAGCCAUUUUACAUGUUAAUGGAAAAACUGACGCAGGCCUCAUUGAGAGUCUGGUGUGUGACCUGAUUCUACAUUGUGAGUCCUCUGGAUACAAGUCCAUCUCCAUUCCUGCUAUCUGUGCCGGUCAAGGUGGGAUGGACGCUGGUGUCAUAGCUCAGGCCAUUCUCCGAGGGGUUAAAACUGCUGCAUCGUCCACUCCCUUACGCUGCGUCACUGACAUCCGACUCAUCCUGAUUGUCGACAUAGUCUUCUUGCUCUUCAAAGAAGAGGCGUUGAAGGUGUUUUCCAGUGAUGUGGUCGACAGAGUGUCACUGCCUCAUGAAAAAACGAAUCCACAAAGGUCUGUGACCGCCAACCCCAGUAUCCUCAGUGCCAGCUUCGACACUCAGCAGUCUGUCUUCCUGUUCCUGGGUCUUUGUGGUAAGAACAUCUCAGAUGCCAAGAUGAAGCUGAAGCAACUGUAUCAGGAUCAGUGCUUGACUCAUACCUUCACGGCCGAGGAGGUGGGAAGCCUCUCAGAGGACGACACCAAGUGUCUGCAGCAGCUUGCGGAUAAGGAGGGUCUGAAGAUUCAGUCUGUCCAGGGCAACAUGACUGUGAGCGGGUUAAAAGAUGGGGUGAACAAAGUGAUGCAGAUGAUUAAAGAAUCUCAGUUAAGCAACCUCAGGAGGAAGGUAAUAGUCAGGGAGGAGGAGGAUUUGCAGAGUCGUGUGGCCUGGUGCAUCCUGGGAAGUAGCGGCAACUGGGAGAGACUUCCCAAAACAGCCAAUCACAGACUGGAACAUAACAACCUAGCGGGAGGCAUAAUGGAUGAACCGGGCAACCAGUGGACCGUGGAUCUACAGAGGAUGGAGGCCACAGGACAAGUAACUGGAGAGUUAAGAAAAAUAAAACGACUUGAGAAUCUGCCGGACUUCACUCUCCCUCUGUACUGGGACAACAUGGCUGCUGGGGAGGAUAUGAAGGUGGUUACCCUGCAGGAGUCGUCUCCAGAGUACCGAUCAGUGGAGCAGGCCUUCAGACGAUCUGGUCCCAUGAGCAGGAUAAAGAUUGAACGUUUGCAGAAUGUCCACCUGCGUCGGGCCUAUGAAGCGCAGAGGAAACACAUUUCUGAUAAGAAUGCACACGAGGGCACCGAAGUGGAAAAGGUUCUGUACCACGGGACGACUCAGGACAACUGUGACGCCAUCAUGAAAACGGGCUUCAACCGGAGAUUUGCUGAAAAAAACGCAACUGUGUAUGGUGAAGGAACCUACUUUGCCGUAAAUGCCAGCUACUCAGCCCAGCACAUCUACGCCAGGCCAACCGUCGAAGGCUCACAGCGAAUUUUCGUGGCUCGAGUCCUGACCGGCAUCUACACUGUGGGCAGAUUUGACAUGAAGGUGCCUCCUCCUCGUGACAUCCUUCUGCCACAUGACCGCUACGACAGCGUGGUGGAUAGAAUGAACAACCCCAGCAUUCAUGUUGUGUUCCAUGACGACCAAGCGUACCCAGACUACCUCAUCACCAUCCUGGGCACGUAACUGCAGGAGGAGGGGUAGGGCACGCCGGUGCACCGGCCCCUUUCACGAAGUUCCACUUUACGAAGUACCCGUAAUAAACUGCGGAGUCUCUUCAAGUGAACCAGCUCCAAAAACUGUCAGCAGUGUUUGCCUCUUAAUCAAAUAACUUGUUAAUCAGCUGAUAUCUCUCCUCUGUUCCUUUUAAUGUCUCGAGUCUCAGAUCGAUGAAGCCCUCUGACAGCAGCAACCCCCUCAACAGCAAAUUGAGUUAUGUCGGCAUAUGAGCCUUUUUCCAUGUGCCCCUUUUGAAAUUGGAGCCCCUGCCCCUCUAAAGGUCUCUGCACGGCCCUGUUCAGGCAUCUGUGAGGGAGAGCUUAUGCAUUUUGCAUUUUAACUGUAGAAUAAUGAUCAAGGUUUUUUGGUUUUUCAUUUCUUCAGUGAGGAAUUAUGAUGAAGUAUUUGGAGUUUGUUUUUAAAGCUUCUAUGCACUUUAGCAGUUUCUAUGUGAAUUUAAGCCUCAAUAAAAGAUGUUAAAUCACUGACGGUGAAGGAAACACGACAACUUGCAUACCUGCGCAGUCACUGGGAAUGUAAUGGAAAAUCCACUGACCAGUGUCUCCCUGCUAUGACCUGUGUUUGCCCUUAUUCGGUAAUGUUUUCUUCUGACCUCUACAGCGGAUGGACACAGAUGAUGAUUUCCUCUCUUUUUUUUCAUUUGAUAUUUACUGAAACGCCUCUGUGUAUAAGUACUGGCUUUAUUAGACUUUGGGUCAGUUCCACUUGAAUCACCCGUGCUUGUUGUGUAACCUCUGCAGA